AUGAGAAACCACAUCAUCGCUGCCAUCGGUGAGUUUUUCGGUACCUUCAUCUUCUUGUGGUCCGCCUUUGUUAUCGCCCAGAUUGCCAACCAGGCUCCGAAGGGGGUUGGCAUCGAGUCUGACCCGGCCAAGUUGAUCAUGAUCUCCCUUGGUUUCGGCUGCAGUGUUACUGUUGGUGUCUUCAUGUUCUACAGAAUUUCCGGUGGUAACUUGAACCCAGCUGUGACCUUGACCUUGGUUCUUGCCAGAGCCAUUCCUCCAGUGAGAGGUGCCUUGAUGAUGGUCACCCAGAUGAUUGCUGGUAUGGCCGCCGCCGGUGCUGCCUCCGCUAUGACCCCUGGCCCAGUCACAUUUGCCAAUGGCUUGGGCGGUGACUGCUCCAAGGCCCGUGGUGUAUUCUUGGAAGCCUUCGGUACUUGUAUCUUGUGCUUGACCGUUUUGUUGUUGGCCGUUGAGAAGCACAAGGCCACCUUCAUUGCGCCGUUAGUCAUUGGUAUUGCCUUAUUCAUUGGCCACAUGAUCUGUGUUUACUACACCGGUGCCGGUUUGAACCCGGCCAGAUCUUUCGGUCCAGCAGUUGCUGCUAGAUCUUUCCCUGACUAUCACUGGAUCUACUGGAUUGGCCCUAUCAUCGGGUCCGUUGUUGCAUUUUCCAUCUGGAAGCUCUUGAAAAUUUUGGACUACAAGACCUGUAACCCAGGUCAGGACAACGACCACGAGGAUUAA